CUUGGUUUUUAUUUAUAUAACAUUUUACCUAAAAGAAACUCAUUUAAGAAAAUAAUUAUUUCAGGGGAUCGGUUAAAAUAAUUGGUUUUCACUACUUAAAUAGCACAAAGCAAGUGUAUUGAAAAGGUUUGCGACAUCUACGGUCCAUUAAUGUAACAAAUAAAACUGCAGACGAAUUUACAUUUUCAUUUCUUGGCUCGUAAAUACAUUUGUCAAAUUGUUUCCGUUUAAUUACAAACAUAUUUACAAUGAAAAAAGCAAGUUCAUCAUCAAGAGAUUCAGAAAGUUCAUCAUCAAGGGAUUUAUAAAGUUCAUCAUCAAGUGAUGCAGAAAACUCAUCAGACAGUGAUUCGGAAACCUCGUCAACAGAACAGAAAAGCAAGUGCAUUGAUUCCAAGAGAAAGACGGGUUUUUCUUCUUUUUCUAAGUCUAAGGCAAAUAAAGAGAAACCUAAAACCGUACAAAAACCUACUGCCGGAAAAUGCUUUAUUUAUGUGGAAAAAACUCGACAAAAAAAAAAUCCUAGUUUUGGUGAUGCCCUUCCACAUUGUUCAUCAUCCCUCAAACAGCCACCAUUUGUUUCACCCAGUGCAGCACAUGAUUCACUGUUUGAUGAUGUGCCAUCAUUCAUCAGCCCAGAAGCUCUUGACGACCUUAUGAGACAGGUUCAAAAAGACUUAGAUAGCAUGCAGAUUAGACGACAUCAAACAUGGAAAGAACGGCAAGCAAUAGCUGCAUGGGGACGGCAUGAUAGAAGAAGAAUUUUCACAGAAUAUGUUUCAAGAAAGCCACUGUAUCAUUCAAAAUGUGACCAGUGUCACGAGGACCUCAACCAUUACUCUGUAAGAUGUAUGACCUGCCAGAAACACCUUUGUUAUCAAUGUGAUACAAACACUCACUCUGGUAUGCCAUUUCAUCGACGGCUAUUCUGUUCUUGCGACCGCUUGGAAAUAUUACAACCAGAUCAUUUUAUCGAUGCAGAGGGAAACAUUAUAACAAAAGAUAUCUGCGUCCCAUGCUUCGUACAUCAUAAAUGCUGCGAUAUAAGCUGCCAUGGAUCGAUGUCACUUAUUCCCAAUGUUACAGAAUCAAUCGUGGUUGUCACUGAACAAGGUCGAUUUGUUUUAAAGGGGGCAACUUUCGUUUGCGAUACUUGUGAUUCUCUAACGAAACCAACAAUCGAUGAUUAUGUAUUUUCUGGGUUUUACCCGGCAAGUUUAUCGGAAACGGUCACAUACCUGUUUUCAGAAGAGGCACUUCUUCUAUGCCACCACAUUUCCCACAAAUAUCCAGGUUCUUCGAAGAACAUGUACGCUCACACUCUUGAAGAAGUAUCUAAGGAAUAUGGACGGAAUGGACCAAUCAAUAUACCAUUGUUCACUAAUGCGGAAAGAGAGUGGGAAACAUGUCGCCACUACAUUGACCAGGAAGUAUUUAAAAGGAACAAAAUUGAUUGCCCUACUUGCGGAACAAAACCUUUAGUGAGAUCAUCUGAUGCUAUCAUUAAGCUGGGGCGUUUGGCCUCUGCCGGAAAUGCGAGGAAACCAGAAAAUAAAAGAGUAAUAGACGAUGUAGAAUCCAGGUUCGAGAAUUUAGUAAUCAAAUCGGAUGUUGAAGAUGAGAGUUUUCGUCAAAGGAUUUACAACAAAGUUCAAACAUCGAAAAAGAAAAACAUGUGUGGGGGAUCGGCUUUUAAAGCUGCAGGAGAAGAUUCCAAUGAAAAUAAAAAGUAUGACGAGACUGGGAUCGUCAUUAGCUCUUGCAAGCACUGUAUAGUGCCGUAUGCCAUCUCAUUAUGUUUAAAGGCGAAUCUUGGACACACACGGCAUUUAUGCAUUACGAAGCUUGGAAGAGUCAGGCUACAUUCUUUUGCUACGAUGUUGUGUGUCAAUAUUGGAAAUGGAUGCAUCAAAAAGUUGGCCCGGAAUUUCCAGAAUUUAUGAUGCUAACAAAAGAAAUGACAGGAAUUUUACCAAUAAUGCAUCGAAUGGCACAUCAAUUACCAUGCCAGGUGCUUUGGAAUCCCCGAUGGACAAAAGGACUUGGAUUAACCGGAGGAGAGGAGCACGAGCAAGUAUUCUCAAAACUGUAUCUUUAUGCUUAUGUUCUCAAGCAUAUGUCA